AUGGACUCACUAUUUUCAUACACUGCCGGCAAAUGGCUCCACCUCGAGCAACAGCAGCAUGCGGCCCGAUAUAUAAAGUUCAAUUUCAAUCAUCUAUGUGAAAAGGUCCUCUCUCUGUACCCUUCGGCCACAUCCAUAGAAAAUUGCCAGAAAAUCGAAGGUGGCUUUAGCCGAGUAUUCAUUAUGACAACCAAUGAUGGAACACGUGUGGUUGUAAAGUUGCCAACAUCCGUUGUUGGGCAGGCUAGAUUUAUUACCAAUUCCGAGGUUGCAACUAUUUCUUACUUGCAGCAAAAUACUAAAGUACCAAUCCCAGCCAUUCUAGAUUGGAGUGAUGACCCAAAUAACCCUAUUGGUUCUGCAUAUAUUAUCAUGGAGCAUGUUGGCGGUGUUCCUUUACAUAAUGUGUGGCCAGCAAUGUCUACUACUCAGAGAAUCAAUUGUAUCAGAUCGAUAUCCUUGAAUAUUAUGGAUAUAUCCAACCUUGGCUUUCCGGCAUAUGGCAGUCUCUAUUUUGCAGAUGCGCCGUUUCUUGAUUCUUGCUCAAAAGAAUUACUUGAUAACUCUAGGUACUGUAUUGGCCCGCAUUGUAGAAGCACAUAUUGGGAUUGUAAUGUUGGAGAACCAAGAUACUAUGCGUUCAAAAAGCCAAAUAGAGGACCAUGGUUGGACGUAUCCUCGUACUCUUCAGCUUUGAUUGAUGCCGGUCUUGCAAGACUGCCGCCAGCUGGCUAUCCUAUUACCCAGCCGCAACCGUCUUAUCAAGGCUCGAUAGAAAAGCAUCUAGAACUUCUGAAACUAGGACAAACUGUUUUCCCCAAGCUUAUACAACAUCCCAAGAUACAGUCUAAUGCAACACCAACUUUAUUUCACCCCGAUCUACAUAAGCGCAAUAUAUUCGUCUCCGAAGACAAUCCCACUAUUGUCACAGGGUAUGUUGAUUGGCAAUCUACAAGCGUCGAGCCAGCAUUCUAUUAUGCCGAUUACAUACCCGAUUUUGCGAAACCUCCACAAGAAGAAUCACCUGAAGACUCUGGAGACAGCCUUUGUAGCCAGGCCUACGAAGUGGGUUUGGCUCUUCUAGCUCCGAGACUGGCGGCAGCAAGAAAUAUCGAUGAGACUCUCCUCCGACCCUUUCGCUACUGUCAUCGGACGUGGAAAGAUGGCUUCGUGCCAUUCACAUACGAGUUAGUACAGCUAAGAGAUCAUUGGAAGGAUCUUGGUUUUACAGAUGACUGCCCUAUUCCCGCCCUAUCCUCACAAGAAAUGCAGAUUUACCAGGAACAACUCGAGAUCUAUAACAAGAUGCUCACUUUCAGGAAGGACCUCGUUGACACAUUAGGGGUUGAAGAGGAUGGCUGGGUCCCAGAGGAUCAAUGGGAAACUGUAAAAGAAACUCAUCAACAAAUAUAUGAGACAAUCAUAGGGGAUCUAGAGAGCCAAAAGGAUCGUGAAGAUAUGAUGUUGAUGUGGCCGUUUGAUGGAGUUAAAAAAUCUACCUGUUAA